AUGCAUCACUUUGCAUUGGUGCUCUUAGCUUCGUCCGUGUCCAGCUGUGUCAGGACAACACCAUCUUCGUCAACGACAUUAUCACGAGCAAAGCUUCUGGAGUCUAGGUCACAACAGCAACAACGGCACUCAUUGAAUGUCAAGGCGGCUCCAGUUGUCGUUGCACACUUUCCUAAGGAACCGCCAUCGCGUCUUCAGACAGAUAGCCAAGAAUUACGAAUACAAGAUCAUUUGGCACUGUUUAAACAAGCUUCAGCGAAGGUUUUCCGAGUAAGCGGUGGAGAGUCUCGCCCGAAACCAGCAGAAGCAGGACAUCCCCUAAAGUGGUCAUCUGAAGAAAUACUGCAGCCUCAAGAGAAGAUAGAAAUAGUUAUCCAAAAAGAAAUCGCGAAUUUCGAAAACGAAGGAAGCGGACAAGGAUACAGCACAGAACGGACGACAGUCACGACUACAACAGCUGCGGAGAAUUCCGGAGUAACACUACAGAAUGGCCAAGAAGAUCAAUGCAAGUCGUGCCCUACACUCUUUAUGGAUCACAAAACUGAUGAGAGAACACUCUGCUCAAACUGGGAACACGUACAGGGAAGUUUCGCACUCACAAUGGCGCCAAAAUACGAAACGAAGGAUGUUCUUUAUGGUUACAACAAAUGCAGCAGGACUGUUAUUUGUGAUGAACCGUAUAUGCUUGUGAGGUAG